AUGAUGCGAACAGCUGGAAGACUGGAAGACUUUGUGCGUCGUCGCGCUGCUGAACGUGAUGCAAGGGAGGCCUAUUUGCGUGGUCGGGCUGCUGAACGUGCCAUUGUUGAAGCUGGACAAGAGAUUCUGGUGGUGGAACAAGACGCUAGAGAACGCGAUGACUCAAGCUUUCACUGUUGCAGUUUGGUCUUGUGGGAUAAUCUUGACCAGACUCUUCUCCACUGGUUCGCCAGUUGGUGCAAUGGUCCCAGCUUCACCGCGUAUGAUGGAUUCCCCUUUCCCGACUCUCCAUAUGGUUGGGCUAGUUGCGAUUCGGAGACCAAAAGAUGGACCCAUGGAAGCCCCAGUUCUCGAAUGCUGGUCAAGACAAACAAGGAUGCCAUUUUCAUGACCUUCAACAAGGCCAUCAACAAGAGGGAUCUUCUUGCUGAUUUGUGCGAAGCAAAUCAAAAGAGUGGAGGGAUCUGGACGCCCGAGAUUGUCAGGCGUAGAUUCCAGUUUUGCUUUGGAGAAGGAUGUCUUGCCAGGGGUCCGUGGCAGACUAUGCGACAGUAUGAGAAGGAACACAAAAAAGAGGAUGAACCAGAAGACAACGAAGCGGGACCGGAUGAUGAUGACAUGAGCGGAUCUGUGGUCAACCUGAGUAGCAUCAACGAAGGACCGGUCAGCCCUUUGGGCAAUGGUGGAAUCAGUGGUGAUGAAGGUCCCUUGACACAGCCUCCGGUACCCAGGAAGAGAAAGAGACUCUUCCUGCGACGUGUAAGAACUAACUUGAAGCGCGAUUUUGACAGAGUUGAGGAGGACAAAAAAGAAGACGAAAAAGAAUGA